AUGCUCUUUUGUCCGCCCAACCUAACUCUUUACCGUCCAAUUAGUCUUCAACUAGAGGAUUGGUUAGUUCAAUUUAAGUUUACGAAAAGCAAAGAUAUAUAUUAUAAUAUAUAUAUAGCCCAGAAUAUGGGUCUUAUAGGCCGUGCAUUUCAUUCUUCGAUUCUAAUAAAUAGAGCAAAACUUCGGCAAACCCAAGGAAAGGCCAAGGCGAAGCGAUACAUGCCUCCACUAAAGCCAUGUCUUAAGCGACCGUCCACUAGGCAGUUCUGCCGAAGAUGCUCUUUCCCGUUACUCCGACUAGUGAGGAACUCGAAACGCCCUCGGAAGAUUACGAAGACUGGGCUGCCGACGAGGCCCCUCAGAAUGGUCCCAUGGCUCGGUUACAAGCAAAGAUACUAA